AUGAAUCAAGAUGUCCCAAUAAUUGACAAUCCCUUACUACGGAAUAGAAGCCGUUCUUAUGAUCAUCGAAAUACAAGAAAUCAAUCGAAUACCUCUAGACAAAUAUCAAAUAAGAAAGAAGAUCCCUCAGAAGACAUUACUCACUUCAGUAAACCUAGACCAUUAGACUCUAUCAACGACAAGGAUUCAAAUAGAGACCAAGAUGUCGAAGGAGACGAAAAGCAGCCCGAUCCAAUUGAUAACCCAUAUUUGAAAUAUGCUAACUAUACGUCAUUAAUGUUGGAAAAUAAAGGUUCCGUAGCCAGAGAUCACCUAUCAAACGAAAGAACCUUUUUGGCUUGGACAAGAACAGCUCUGGCAUUUAUUUUGGUUGGUGUUGGUUUUACUCAAUUCUAUCGUCUUGAGCUAAGGACUGCUGCUGCUGCUGUUGCCGAUGAUAUAAGUUUUGACAUUCCUGAAGAUCGAAUACAUGAGACGUUUAAACAAUUAGGUAAACCAUUGGGUACAUUAAGUUUUGUACUAGCAACUAUAACAUUACUUUUUGGUGUUUACAGAUACUAUCAAGUACAGAUGAUGCUAACAAGAGAAUUUUAUCCUGCUACAAGAAUAACAGUCAUUGUAUUACUAAUAAUUAAUCUUGUCAUACUCAUAUUACUCUUGAUUUUAAACAUAAAGGUAAGUCAGUAG